AUGACGACUCCGUCCGACUACAAAUGCUACCACGAAAACGAUGGCCUCACCAAAUACGGCGGAAGAGAUUUGCUGGGCUACGGUAGUCAUCCACCCGCUCCCAAAUGGCCCAAAGGUACCAAGGUUGCUUUGAAUUUCGUCAUCAACUACGAAGAGGGCGGUGAAAAGUGCCUUUUGCACGGCGACGGGGAGAGCGAGAAGCUUCUUUCCGAAAUCACCGGGGCAGCGGCAUUCGAGGGCCAACGACACAAAAACAUGGAAAGUCUAUACGAUUACGGAGCUCGGGUAGGAUUCUGGAGAUUCCAUAGGCUUUUUACGAAAAAGAAGGUACCGACGACCGUAUUUGCGGUCGGUAUGGCCCUGGAACGCAAUCCUGCGGUGUGUAGCGCUCUCAAAGAGACGGACUGGGAAGUUGCCUCGCAUGGAUAUCGCUGGAUCGACUACCAGGAUGUCGACGAAGAUACGGAACGGGAACAUAUCGCCCGGUCGGUUCGCAUUCACGAAAAACUCCUCGGAAAAAGGCCCGUCGGGUUUUAUCAAGGAAAGGUAAGUAAAAAUUUCAAUUUGCACAUUCGCGGUGAUCACAAUGUCUCAUCAAUUUUCAUCGUCUCGCCGCCCCAGCCCAAUCUCAACACUAGACGGCUCGUUCACGAGGAAGGCGGCUUCAAGUAUGAUUCCGAUUCUUAUGAAGACGACCUUCCCUAUUGGACUGUUGAUGUCGACGGGAUGCCACGUUUGAUUAUUCCUUACUCGUUGGCUGAGAACGACAUGAAAUUCACCAGUCCAGCCGGAGUCGCUACCGGUAAGGACUUUUGCCAAAUGCUCAAAGAGACACUCAAGUAUCUCAUUGAGGAAGGUCGUGCCGGUCAGCCAAAAAUGAUGAGUGUCGGUUUGCACUGUCGUUUGGCACGCCCGGGCCGCGUCGCUGGAUUGUCUGACUUUAUUGACUUUGCCAAAUCCUACCACCGAGACGUAUGGAUUUGUACGAGAGAGCAGAUUGCCGAUUUUUGGUACGAAAAUCACUACCCCCGGGGCGGUGGGACACCCGUCAAAGCCGAAAAGGACGACACUGAGAACACUACUAACGGAGCGGAACAAAUGGCUACGGAAGAUUUCGAAGGUGAUGUAAUUUAA